UACGCUUUAGCUAUGCACAGGCUGCAACCAGCCUCAAACAAAUGGCAGGCACUACUGCACAGACCCAACACAUCCUAGGGCAGCUGACAUUCUCUUUUUCACAUUUCCCACCACCAUAGUUUGCAUAACAGGAAGUUCCUGCCAGGACCCAGUAGGCUACCCCAAAGCAAACUUGAACGGCAGGUUGCACAUAAUAAUACAGCCUUCAAAAGACGAGUUGCGUAAUCGCAAUCCUUUAUCAGCGUCUCGCAUCAGCAACGACAGCAAUUCAGUUAUACUGGCUAUAUUGUCUUAUGACGAGAAGUUCAAGUUUUAAAAAUACAUUUCCAGUGUACUUUGAUUUUGCUAUUUGAUGCACGAAGAAAGGACUUUGGAUUUCCUGUUAAUGCCUGAACCCAUGGAGACAUUCCUCCGUGCUGAUAAAGAAGCCUCGCCGGAUCCCGGGAAUGCUGUCAGCUUGGACGUCGUGCUGAGCGGCUGCUCCAGCAUCAUCCACUGACCCUGAGCCCAAAAUCCAGUGAACCCAGGCUUGGUGCUUCGGCCAGCAGGGGGAUUUGCGGUGAGGUCCCGGGGGGAAUGAGCGAGACUCCGGUGCCACCUGCCGCCCAUGGAAGUCAAGUUGAGGGAGGGGCUCUUCCAGAAGUAUGUGCAGUGGCUGGAACGGCGGCUGGACGAGGGACUGCAGGAGGACGGCGGGGAGGAGGGGGCCGGCAGGCCGGGGGAGCCGCAGCUGCUGGGGGAGGCGGGGACCUUGCUGGCGACGCGCCUCCCGGAGCCAGCCCAGCGCUUCCGUGUGCUGCCCUUCUACCAGGUGGCAGAGAACGCGCUGAGUGGCCGCAGGGGGACGGGCCUGCGGGGGCUGGAGACUGCUUUCGGCAUGCUGGAGACCGUCUGCGUCAACCUGCUGCUCUUCCCCUGGAAGAAGGAGUUCCGCUGCAUCAAGACCUUCACAGGCCCCUACGUGUAUUACCUAAAGGAAGCUCUAUGUGACGCGGACCUGCGCUCCCUGCUGCACUCCAUGGGCUACACACGGGAGCAGGAAUUGCGGCUGCGUGCUGGGGACCCCCCUGGGGGCAUGGCUCAUCUGCGCCGGCUGGCCUUUGAGCUCUUCCUGGCGCGCGCAGAGUGCCGCUUGCUAAGCGGGGCAGCGGCCCGGCGCGGGGGCGCCAACGCGGAGGCGGAGGCCCUGGAGGUGAGGCGUGGGGGCGUGGAGGAGUUGGAGGUGAGGCGUGGGGGCGUGGAGGAGCUGGAGGUGAGGCGUGGGGGCGUCGGCAGAGAGGAAGGCCGCUGGCGGGCCAAUGCAGAGCGGGAUCGCGACAGGGAGCGGGCGUACCUGCGCAGGAGCGCCCGCACAUCCCGCUCUGUGGACGUGGCAGACAGCAGUGGCAGCUGGCAGCCUCCCCCCCGGCCGGUGCUGCGUGCCUCGCUGAGCCUGCGCAAAGAGCCACGCUGCUUGGAGCCGGACAUGGGCCCCGUGGAGCCUCCUCAGAUUGGCCCUCUGCCUGGUCGGCCCCGCCUACAGCCACGCACCCCUCCUGUCGCUGCCGAGCCCCCGCAGGCCUUCACCCUGAGUUCCCUGGAUGAGCCGGACCUAUACAUAGAGCGUGGGCACCCCCCCCGGCAGCCACUGGCACCACCGCCCCCCCCACGCCACCCCUCUUCCCGUGACUUCUGGGGGCCCAGGGGCCAGGGAGUCAAGUGCCGGGGCUGCGGGCGCUGGUGCGGGGCCCCAGUUGCAGCUCUGCAGGGAGAGGGCCUCCUGUGUGCCUCCUGCAGGCCCGAGGCCCCCCAGGACUACCCCAAGCCCUGCCCCCGGCCCCCAGACGGUCCAGAGAAGCCCCCCAUCGCCCCUCGGCCAUAUCUGGGCAAGUCAGCCAGCGCCGUCACCUCAGUCAACUGCAUGGGGGCCGGCGUCCUGCGGUGCAGCUUCUGCAACAAACCUGGCGCCUCCCACACAUGCAUCAGCUGCUCCAAGGUGUCAUGUGGCACCUGCGUCAGUCUUUACGCCAAGGAUGCCUGCGGCCGCAGGAACCCGCAGCACAGCUUCGCCUCGCACCAGCAGCUGGGCUGCCGCCCUGGUGUCUUCUCACACCUGGUGUACCACUGACAGCCCCGGCGGGCCCAUCCGCUAAACGCUGCCUGUGUUUACCAUAAGGGCUCGGGUCGGUUCCGAUGGAUUCUGUUAGCGGUGCUGUCGUCAGGGUCUGGAUGUUCCUGACAGAGGUGGACCUGGGGCAAGCUCAGAAACUGUUUUCUCAAUUGGCUGGGUGGGUGGUUUGGGUCGGACCACCAGAGUCCAGCCCAGUCUUUGGGAGGGGGGGGGUGUUUAAAGAGGCUGCAGUUGGCUCUUGGAUCCACUUGUGCUUUUUACUUUUUACCCCCCCCCCCCCCACCCCACCUGCCCGCAGCUUCUGAUGGAAUCGAGGUUCCGUCUGAAAGCCAGAUCGAUAAUCCCCAUGUAAGGUUUACCCAUAAAGUGGCAUUUAAUGUCUGGGCCAAGGCACGGAGUUGCACUUCUAUCUGGCGUUCCUGUAUCCCACUGCUCCUGGGCCACCCCCCCCAUCCCAAUUCCCAAGUGUCUCACAGAAGAUCCGGCCAAGAUGACGUGCCAUGUAUGGUUAUGUCAGGAUGGUGCCCGGCCCAGGGGUCUGCCACACCGUGCAGGACACGGGCAGUAAGACGCCUGGGCCCCGCGGGGCCAGGACGGGAUGGCAGGUUGUUCCGAUUAAAAAUAUGUGUCCCGUUGAGAAUUGCCUUCCCCCCCCUGAAUCGUCAUGGGGGGGCCUGCCUUGGGGAGGGAGUUGCAAUUGCGCAGUCAAACCGACACGAAGGUCCCCCCCCCGCUCCCCUUGGCUCCUCCCUUGUUCCUGUGGCCGAUCGCUCCGUGGGUGGUUUUCCCACCCCCCCCAUUCCACCGCAGUCCCUUUGCUUCCCGCCUUUGUAUUUGGGAAUUUGGAAUCGGCCCCAGAUACCAGAG